GAAGACUAGCAGAACAGACAUGCUAAAACACCGAAUAUAACACGUUGUUUAGACUCAUAAGGUCAGGUAAAAUAAAUGUUACAAAUGAUGAGUGAAGCCUCGAUAAAGAAGAGACCCAUCUCAGCUUGCUCGAUUGUGACUGAAUUGAGUGGAUCUGGUAUAUUAAACCCAACACCUGUUGACUCUGAGGAAUCUGAACCUAUGACAGUUGAACUGUGUCUUUCUCAAGAGAUGUUGAAAAUCCUCUCUGGUUCUGACAAUCUACGGGAAGUGACCUCACUGGAAAUAUGUGUUGACACGCGACAAGACACUCUGGGCAACUUUGGUGUCUACUUGCCUAAGCUUGUGCAGCUGAAAAUGAACAACAGUUUGAUCUUUUCUCUUCGGGACCUCGGAACCAGUCUUUCCCACCUGCAGGUCUUAUGGCUGGCUCGUUGCGGUCUGACCGACCUGGAGGGAAUUGCUUCUUUUGUGUCCUUAAAGGAACUGUAUGUACCGUACAACAACAUAUCAGAUCUGAGCCCACUUGGCAUUCUGGAACAUCUAGAGCUGCUGGAUCUGGAGGGGAACAAUGUAGAUGAUCUGUCCCAAGUGUGGUAUUUGGGCCAUUUUGCAAAGCUCAGAACCCUUUCCCUAGAGGGAAACCCAGUGUGCACCACCUGCAGUCCAGGGGCAUCAGAGGAAGACUACAGCUACAGGUCUGCAGUCUGUGAGUUUAUUCCUCAGCUAAGAUAUCUGGAUGAUAUACCUGCUGAUAAAGACAAACCUCAAAUCUGUAGAACUCCCCUGGAGGACUGGACUCUUCUCAAAAAAUCAAUUAAAAACUGCUCUAUUAAUGACAGCCUGGAACAGACAUAUACAGGGGAGAGAUCUAUCAGUGUAUGCGGCAUCAGACCCAGUUCUGCCCAGCUCCUGAGUCCGAGAUCAUCCUCCAGCAGUCUUUCAAGUCACUCUUGCAGUCCCAGACCUCUCACUUCCUGCACUGUUUUAAGACCAGGCUUGACUGACUCCAAACUAGCCAUCCUGGAACACGAAGCCAGUGAUCUAACAAAUGGUGUCGGCAGUUUUCUCUGUGGGAAUCCUCUACAGGCUGCUCGCGCACGAAGACAGAAAUUAAAGCUCCAAAACUCCCGUUCUCAAACCCGACCUAGCACAAGACUUGGUAGUUAUAUUCCUGAACACAUGUAUGACCACGAAGAGUCGAGCAGUCAAGAUCGCAGUGUGGUUUUUGCUGAGCUCAGAAGCUGGAGAAUAGAGCAUGAUAAACGUCUCUUGUCUAUUGAGAAGGACUGGCAGCCACAGGUAAUGAAAAUCCUCCACAGUGAUGAUGAUGAUGAUGAAGGCAGCUACAAUCAUUGUUUUGGUAGUGAUGACAACACUAGAGGGGAGGAAGAGGAACGUGAAAGGACUAACAGAGAUACCUCUCCCAAUUUGUUCUUUCAAUCUACCUCACCAGAUCAGUACAAUCAGAGGUCGGAGUCUCCAGAGAUAUUCAGACUUUCCUCUUCAUCAGACAGCACUAUGUCUCCCUCACCCCCUCCGAAUGCAGUAGAGCACUCUUGUGGUCGGAGGGUAGCACCAAUCCGUGCAAGGAGACUCAGACCUCAUAAUAACACUGAAAUCUAUAUGCCAAUCCCGUCAGAGGAAACCCAUGUGACUGAUUCACGACCCAUACAGACAAACUUGGGACCCCAGAGUACCAUGAUUGUAAAAUCUCAGCUUGUGUCUCCUCAAAUCCUGCACAAACCACAAAGACCAUCCACUAGUUCUGUGGUCACCCCUCAUAGAGCUCAAUGGUCAGAGGCUACUGUGAAUCGUCGACAAUCAGACAACCAACAUAAUCCAAACAUACUUUCUAACAGAUCUACAAAACUUUUACCCACACGUCCACAAACUGCCAGAGCUGCAAUGCAGAGGCUGCCAGACCGAGCUCGAAGAAAUGCCCAUGUGGAAUGAUGGAUUGUGGGUCUGACUAGGUCAUUUAUAUCAUCACUGCUGCAAUUUGAGAGGGUUUCAGGAGUCGUUAGAUUUCAUGUGAAGUUAAGGAGUCUUUGUCGAAAAGUAAUUUCGUGUGAAUCCAAUGUCCAUAUGGAUAUAUUGAAAUGUUGGAAUUAUCUAGGUCCCUCUUUUAUUUUUGGAUGCUGCAUAAUACAUUUGGUCUUUUUUAUAAAGUCAGUUUUUUUCUACAGAAUCUUUGUACUUUAAAGAUAAUUUUAAGCCAACAAAAAUGCAGUUAAUGUUAUGAGAAGACAACUAACAGUCAAGCCAAUCACCUUUUAGAUUUUAGUUCACUUAAUUAAUCCUGGGGUUUGACUAAGUACAAUUAUUUCAUGUUGUCUCAAUUAAAGGAAAGUUCUGGUUGAAUACAUGAUUACCACUAAAAAUUAUUUAGGGUUGUCCAGGGUCCAGUCCAUAAAUGUAAAAAAAAAAACACAAAACGUGUAGCCCCAAGACUUAAACAUUUAACUUGUUAACUUUAUUUUAGUGUGAUAAAAUUGAAGAUUUAUACCGACGUUACGGUGCCAUGACAACGAAGUUGUAAUACUGGAUAUACAUUUACAAAGAUAUGGUUAGUAUGCGCAUUUAUUACACUAAAACGCUCUUUUCACCACUUUGAAACGGUCACGCUACAUUUAUCACUUUAUCAUUUACGUUGAUGGGUCGCUAGAGGGCGCCACUUCCGUUUUGAUAUACCGUAUGCUUGUUUUUCCCCCUCAUAUUUAUUUUAAAGACACACACACACACACACACACUCCAUGUUUAAUUGACAUAUUUAUCAUGUUAGAAGGACUUUGUCAUAUUAUAUGAUCUUCUGCACUUGAUAUGUGGACAUAAAAAUUUAGAAAUAUUGCAUAGCUAUGCAUUAGCCCAUGAGGUGAUAUUGAUGUAAAAUGACUCCUAUGCUCUCCAUAUGUUGAUGAUGUAUUAUGGCAAAGCAUCCCCCUGUCAUGUUUUUAACAUGUGUCGACUUGCAUGUACAAUGUGUGCAGACGCAGGUGCUAGACUGUUAUUCCACCACAUGUCUCUGAAGUAUGCACAGAUGACAACUCAGUGUGCUUUCACACUGGCAGUUUAGUUCGAAACAGAGCAUGGUUCGCAUGAAAAAUUGGUAAUGUGAAAGCUGUUAUGCGGACCGGGGAGCGCACCGUGGUACAAUCGCACUCUGAAUCGGACUGCAGCAAACGUGCCCAGUGUGAAAGCCCCCUCAGAUAUCGGCAUCUUGUGCUGCAAAACACCACAAAAGUAAUCCAUACGACUCCAGUGGCCUAGUUAAUGGCUUCUGAAAUGAACUGCUAGGUGUGUGUAAUAAAUAAAUAAAUAUUUAAAACUUUUUGUACUUAAAAAUGUUUGCUUCCAGCCAGCAAUAUGUUUGUACGCUGAUGAACUGUAACUUUAUUUAACCAAUCAGGUUGUAAACUGGUCAACGAAAACCUCAUUUGAUUGGUUAAAUGAAGCAGGUUGACCCAACUUACUCUUCGCGCUACAAAACUCUUGUGAGAAAGUCGUGCCAAAAGAGCGCCAACAAAAGAGAAGAUGGAACAAUGUGCAAGGGAGUAGAUUUGGCUUUGGCUAGAUUUGGGAAGGGGCGUACUUGCUUGUUUUGAUUAUUGGGGUUACCUCUCCCCCAUCCCCCCUGGAAUC